AUGUACCACGGCAAGCAUCUUCGUCGACUCAAUCGCACCUCCUCUCACCGCAAUGCUAUGCUUCGUAAUCUCGUCUCCUCCCUCAUUGAACAUGGCCGCAUCGAAACCACCGUUGCCAAGGCCAAAGAGAUCCAACCCAUCGCCGAUCGUAUGGUGACACUUGGUAAAAAGGGCGACGUCAAUGCUCGUAAACAGGCACUGAGCUACCUCAACAGCCGUGAUACAACCAUCCCUAAGCUUUUUGGUGAAUUGGCACAACGUUUCGCUACUCGUCAAGGAGGAUAUACUCGUGUACAACGCAUCGGCAAUCGUUAUGGUGAUAAUGCACCUAUGGCAGUGAUCGAAUACAUUGAUGGCCCAACCGAUUUGAAGCGAGAAAUGACUGUAAAGACACUCGCAUCUACAUUCGCCAAAACUGGUCAACAAAUGUCUGUCAAGGAGAUUUCUGAAAGCACUGGUCUUCCCAAGGCUGUCGUCCGUGAUUUGAAGAAAUUGCAGUUCACCAACAGCAUAGAGACAUUGGAUGAGGCAGUUAGCAAGGAAAUGGCAUCACGUUCUUAA